CCAAGGGCGGGGAGCUAGGUCUAGGGGGGAACCCACCUCUGACUGUAGCAGGGUCAUGAGGAAGAGGCGGCGGCGGGAGGCAUCCGGAGGCGGCGGGGGCGCGAAUCUCCGGUAGCUGCCUGCUGGGCCGGCUCGUGGCUUGGUGGGAGGGCGUCGUUCCUCACCGUCUCGCGCAGCGGCCGGGGCUCGGGGCUAAGAGCGGCCGUGGGCCGCCUCCCCGGGCCCCCUGGCUCCGCCAUGUUCCGCCGGGCACGCCUUAGCGUGAAGCCGAAUGUCAGGCCUGGUGUGGGCGCCAGGAGCUCCGCCGCCGCCAAUCCCCAGCGGGGACGGGAGGCUCCCCGGCCGCCGGAGCCGGCAGCGUCCGGUGACCCGAAGCCAGCGGAGAUCACAGAUGUGCCCCCGGCGGAUUCCGGGCGGGCAAAGCCGCCGGAAGAGGCUCCUCGGAGCAGUAAUGAAAAGACUGAUGGUAAGAAUGAUGUUGAAGAAUCCAGUAAAUCUUCCUCUACUGUUUCACAGAGAAGAAAGCGAAUAUCAAGUACUCCUCCUCUGGUUAAGCCUAGUGUCAAUGUUCCUUCAGUGCCUCAUCCCUUAUCUACAGUUAAUCAAGAAGAUCCACAGCCACAGCCAAAACCAACAAAAGAGAAACAGCCUUACUCCGACAGAUACCGAAUAUAUAAAGCCCAGAAACUGAGAGAAAUGUUAAAAGAAGAAUUAAGAAAAGAGAAGAAACAGUGGAAAAACAAAUAUGCCAUAAAUGAAAGUCAGAGACCACCAGAUCGUUCAAAAAUGACUAUGAGAGACUUCAUAUAUUACCUGCCAGAUAGCAAUCCAAUGACUUCCUCACUGGAGCAAGAAAAGAAAACUGAAAAGUCAUUGACACCUGUUCAGACAAGAGAGCAAGAAGAUAAGAGUACUCCUGAUGUUGAAGAUAAUGAAGAACUGGAAGAAGAAAUAGAUGAUGGCCCAUUGCUGGUUCCCCGAGUAAAGGUGGCAGAAGAUGGUUCUAUAAUUUUGGAUGAAGAAAGUUUAACUGUAGAAGUUUUAAGGACCAAAGGCCCCUGUGUUGUUGAGGAAAAUGACCCCAUAUUUGAGCGUGGUUCUACAACUACGUAUUCCAGCUUUAGGAAAAAUUAUUAUUCUAAACCAUGGUCCAAUAAAGAAACAGAUAUGUUUUUUUUAGCCAUCAGCAUGGUAGGAACUGACUUUUCUAUGAUUGGACAACUUUUUCCUCACAGAGAAAGGAUAGAAAUUAAGAAUAAAUUUAAACGUGAAGAGAAAACAAAUGGAUGGAGAAUAGACAAAGCAUUCCAGGAAAAGCGCCCUUUUGACUUCGAUUUUUUUGCUCAUUUGCUUCAGAAAGUUCUUGAUGAAGAAGAGAAAAGAAAACAAAAAUCCCUUAAAAAUCAGAAUUUAAGGGAGAAGAAAUCCUCUAAACCACGGAAAAAUGUAAAAGUGAAAAAAGUUACCAGUGAAGGAGUGACUGACAAUCCAGAUGAGUCUAUGAGUGCUAAAAUUUCAGAUACAGAAGAUUCUCAAAAGGAUACUCAGACAGUUCAAGAAGAACUGCAGCCUCCGACUUUAUCAGGACAGGAUUCAGAACAGAUUGCAUUAGAACCAGACCUAAAUCUAGAAAAAAGAAGGAAAAAUCAAGAUGAAGUUGGUACACAAGAAGUAAAAAAUCUUUCAGGAAAUGCCACUGUUCAGCCAGGCCCUUCUAAAGGAGAAAAACAGAAAAGUAAAUGUCCAUUUUUAAGGCCUGAGGAAAAUGAAGAUGAAGGCAAUAAGGAACAGAAGCUUUCCUGUGUACAAACCAUUGAUGAAGUUGAGGAUUUAUCCUCCAGGGACAAAGUUGUGAAUAAAACUGACCCUGUUCUUUCAUUAAGUAGUCAACAAGAUGCUACAUCAGUAGCAACUGAGGCUUCAGAAUCAAUCACUUCAGAUUUGCAUUCAUCAGAAGUUGGAAUUAGAGUCUUAUGUGAGGUGAAUAAUGCUGAAAGUAGUUGUACAGAAGAAAGAAAUGUUGAACUAAAAAAUAUAUCACUGGAAGCUGAUCAAACAGAAAAUGUUAAACCUAUGGUAAGAGGACGAUUCCAGAGACCUAAACCCAAUUUAUCAAGGGCUGUUGGGAAGAAAUCCGUUCUUUCACAAGGUAAAACAGAUGCCAAGAGCAAGAAUUUACAUCCGGAACCUUCAGUUGAAAAGACCCACAUGGAAAAAGAUAAAAUGAAUUCAUUUGACAUUUCUGGAAUGGAGAAUACAGAGAAAGAGAAUGCCGAAGCUGAUACUGUAUCUAGUUUGAGUGAGAAAAUGAAUCUACAGGAAGAUAAUCAACCAAAGGCUUUCAGACCUGCACGACUGAGGGGCCGAUUACAGAGGCCAAAGCCAAAUGUAGUUAAAGCUGCUGAAAGAAAAGAAAUCCUUGCAUCAAAGGAAGAAAUUGGGGCCAAUGUAGAAAAGAAUGAAAAUGAAUCCUGUGUUGAUAUAAAUACUCCUGAACAAAUAGAAGAUCAGUCAUGUGAUAUCACUUCACAAUCUGGAAAAAAAGAUACUUCUUUUCAAAAUGUGCAAUCAGAUGAGCCCAAGUCUCUUAAUGAAUGUUCAAGUAUUCAAGAGGAUAAUGAAGCAAAUAUACUCAGACAGGUUCCAGUUCUAAAGAGUCGAUUUCAGAAACCAAAGCCAAAUAUAGGAAGAAGAACUGGAAGAAGAGACAUUUCCUCAAAGGAAGAGUUACCAGAGGAGAUAGUUGUUUCUGGGAAAAAGGCAGCAGCAAGACUAGAAAUCUCCUCAAAGGAGAAGGUACCCGUGGAGGCUAGCACUACAAAGGAAAUUGAAUCAAAGUUAAAAGAAACUGGGAGAAGAGACAUCUCUCUCAGGGAGAAGAAACCAGAAAUGAUUGACUUCACCAUGGAAACGGUGACAGAUUUGAAAGAAACUGGAAGAGAGAUUUCUCUAAGGGAGAAAAUUCUAGAGGUAACUGGUGCUAUUGAGGAAAGAGAGACGGAUUUUGAAGGAAUAGAGAAAAGAGAAAUAUCCACACAGGAAAAGGCCCCAGAGGUCAACACUGUAGGGGAAGCAGAGGCAGGGAUGAAAGAACCCGGAAGGGAGAUUUCUCUGAGGGAAGAGAGACCAGAGGUGACCAUGACUGAUGCCACUGAGGAAAGAGAGAUGGAUUUGGAAGAAACCCGGAGAAGAGAAAUAUCCACACAGGAAAAGGCCCCAGGUGUCAACACAGUAGGGGAAGUGGGGACAGAUUUGAAUGAAACUGGAAUGGAGAUUUCUCCAAGGGAGAAAAUUCUAGAGGUGACUGGUGCCAUUGAGGAAAGAGAGACAGAUUUGGAAGAAACAGAGAAAAGAGAAAUAUCUACACAGGAAAAGGCCCCAGAGGUCAACACUGUAGGGGAAGAGGAGGCAGUGAUGAAAGAACCCGGAAGGGAGAUUUCUUCAAGGGAAGAGAGGCCAGAGGUGACCAUGACUGAUGCCACUGAGGAAAGAGAGAUGGAUUUGGAAGAGACCCGGAGAAGAGAAAUAUCCACACAGGAAAAGACCUCAGAGGACAGAGUUACAGGAGAAGUAGAGGCAGAUUUGAAAGAAAUUGGAAAAGAAACUUUCUCAAGAGAAAAGAUCAGUGCUGUAGGAGAAAUGGUGGCAGGUUUGGAAAAAACUGAAAAAAUAGAUAUUUCUCUAAAGGAAAACGAACCAGAGGAGACUGGGACCUCACUACAAAUUGACACAGAUUUAAUGCAGAGCAGAAGUGCUGAUUGCAGUGCUGUGCCUUCACUAAAUAUCAAAAACAUUAGCAAUGAAGUCCUAUCUGUGGUGCAUACACCUGUAGAGGAAAAGGGAAAUACUGAAAAGGAAGUGUCCAGCCAGUUGAGUCAUUGGAAGACUUCUUUGAAGACUUCUGAACUUGAUAAAACAGAAGACCAGGGGACACCAUCUGCAGAUGUUCCAGAGCAAUUUUCAGAUAUUAACUUAAGCAAAUCUCUUCCUCAAGAACAAAAGCCAUUUAAGCCAGCACCUUUUAUGAGAAGUCGAUUCAAAAGACCAAAACCAAACCUAUCAAGAGCAACUUUAAAAAGAGAAACUAUGGAAGCAGAAAAACAUGUACCUGGGAAGAAAUUGGAAAUGGAUAAAAUAGAGACUAUUAUGAUACAACAGGAUGGUGAACAAAUGAACACUCUCCCUUCUCAAUCUGAUGCGUCUUCUCUGAUGACAUCAAAAGAAAGAGACAGAUCAGAUCAUAGGCAGGAGGAGGCUGGGAUGUUACCAUGUGAACUGAUAGAAAAGAACCUUUCACCUUCAAGUGUUUGUGAAUCUGAAGAGGCCUCUCAGUCUACACAAGCCCAGGAAAAGGAAUUACCUGUUUCUAUUGGGAAUCAUAAUAAUAUAAACACUUUUCAACAAGAAAUGAAGGAAAGUAUUAUCCAUACUACUCGACCAGUUAGGGGCCGCCUUCAGAGACCUAGACCAAACAUAAAAAAGGCUGGACAUAGGCAAAUGGAAGAAAAAGGUGAAGCUGAAGGCAUAGUUGAAAAAGAAAGGACAAAAUUACAAAAAGAUGAAACUGAAAAGAAAUUACUGAAUGUGCCAAAUUAUCAAAUUGGAACUGAAAUUGAAGAUAUGUCCUCUAAAGUUUCUGAAGGAAGAAUGUAUGAAAAUCAGAGUCACGUGACUCUUCUAGAAAACCUUCAUAUUAACAAAAUUGAUGUUUUAGAUAAAAAGAUGAGAAAUGAACAGAAAACUUGUGUUUCUAGUCCAGCACAAUUGAUAAGAAGGCAGUUCCAAAACCCUGAGCCAAAUUUGGGAAGAGCACAUGAUAAGAAAGAGGAAAGAGUUAUAGAAAAAGACAGAGCAGAUCCGGGUGAGGCCUGGAGGCCAGAAGAUAAUUUGCUGCAGCAAGGAGAUUCUGACAUCCAGCUCCUUCAAAAGGAAAAAGCUGAACUUCUAACAUCUGUGGAGGUUUCAGCAAGAAAAGAUUGUGUAGGUUCUGAAGAGGCUGGUUUGGCCAAGAAAGACCUUCAAUCAGAAGUUGGACCAUCGGGAAGUGUUGGACAGAAAACUGAAGGGGAUAAUUCUGUGUCUCCAGUUGUUGAAGAGCAGCAUCUCAGUAAAUUAGCAAGCCAUUCACAACUAUUAAAAGAAUCAAAUUACUCUAAAAUUGCUCUCAAUCAAAGAACAGCUAUCUCUUCUGCUUCCGGAUAUGAGAUGGAUCAUACUGAAAGGAGAAUGCAUCGAAAGAUCAAACCAACUGUCAACAAAGGGCGUGGAUCAAAACGAAUUCGGAGUAAGACUUCUAAGAAGGAACCCAGAGCUCCCAAGGCCAUGCUGGUGACUCUUAGGGCUUCCCAGGAAGAAGAUGAAGAUGAUGGUGAGGAUUUUGAAUCUGUCUAUGAAGAAGAAAGCUAUCAUCUUGCUCCAGAAGAAAUAAACAAAGCUCCAGUGUUUGUACCUGUUGGUCUCAGAUCUCCUGAACCUGUUUCUACUCAUAUUGAGGAAACGAUGGAAGAGCUUGAAAUAACCGUGAAUGUCCCAGAUAUCGGAUUCAUAACUGUUGAUGAACAUCAGCUCUCAAACACAGAUGUGACCACACAGGAAAUGAAACAAGAAGAAAAUUUGAAUGUAUUGUCAGUUGAAAUGACCACAGGUGAACAUACCCAGGAUGAAACAGAUACCAACGAUGGAAGCACUGAAGCUGCCAUUACUUUACUUACAAUGGGAGAUCUAGUGUUGCAGUCAGAGAUCAGUACAGAGCAGAGUGAUGGAAUAUGUGUACUUCCUGGUGUUCAUUCAAAGGAUAAAAGCCAUAUUCCUUUUAACCCAGAUAAUGUCAGUGACAAAAUUGUUUAUGAAUAUCAGGAGCUUUCUUCACCUGUCAGUAGUAUACCUCUUUCAUCAUUAGAAGAAAACAAGAUUGAAUUGGAGGAACAAAGUACUAAAGAAGAAAUUGGUUUUAUGGAGAAAGUAAAGGAAAAUGCCAGAUCAACCAGGAAUACAACUUCUGAGGUGACCAAUAAUUUGAGAAUGAGAAGGAGAUUUGCCAAGCCUAAGCCAAAUCUUAAGAUUUUAAGGACCAACAGAUUUGGUGCUCAUCAGGAAGUUCCCAAUUUGCUUGUAACCAAAGGAGAAGUGGAAAUUCAAAGAGAAACAGAGAAAAACGCUCCUAAAGCAACAGGAUUAGAAGAUAAAAACCUUGAAUCAGAAACAAUAGCAGAGAAUAAGGAGCAGAGCAGAUUGGAACAUGACCAUGCAAUUGAAGAGACCAGUAUUUUGCAGGAAGCAAGCCUAAAGGGAAGAAAGGAAGACCAAGCACAGGGAUCUCAAGAAAUUCAGAUAUUGUCAUUUGCUCCAGUUGUUUCCUCUGAGACAAGCUCCCACACACUUGGUUUGGGUCAGGGUCUUAGUGAGAGUUCUGUUGGAGAGCCCCUGGCAAAGGACUCGAGUGGAGACAAUGUGCUUACAUCUUAUGUGCCUGAGGUAAAAAUGAAAAAUGUAUGUAUACCAACUAAUAUUCCAGAAGUUCAACAAGAGAAUGUAAGCAAUCCUCAGGAUUUAGCAGUGAAUCUAAUUGGUAACAUACAUCAUGAUGCUGAGGAAGAGCAAGCAUUCAUUUUAACUCUGGUGGAAAUUCCAACCAAUGCAGUAGAAGAAUUUACUGAUAACGCUACACAGUUAAUGCCAAACCCUUUACUGCCAGCGCCCAUAUUGGUCAAGUCUGUGACUACAGAAGAAAAGGGUGACAUGAGUAUGAAUUUUCCAAUAACUUCAGUUGACCAGGAUGCCAUGUGUUUUUCUAAUUCUGGAAGAGAUGCUUCUGAAAAGCCUCCUACUAAUUUGGAUCUUAUGUCUAGGAAGAGAUUACAUUGUAGGUCUGAUGAAAGUGACCAUGUUCCUCCUGCCAAAAAACAUUCACUCACUCUAAGAAGUGAUUGUCAAGAAUAUACCUCUGAGGUAUGUUCAAAGGAAUUGAUAAAUGUUUUUGAGGAGACAGGGAUGUCUUACAAGGGACAAAGUAUCUUCCCUACUUCAGAAAGCACACAUACAACACCAGAACCUCAGAAAGAGCAACUUGAAGAAACUUUUCAGAGUAUGGGAUCUAGACCUCUUGAUAAAAUAAUAGAUACACACAUAGAAAAGAAUUCAUCUCUGUUACCUCAGGAUAAGGUGGUUGUGUCUGAUAAGAAAGAAGGAACUUGUGCAGCUUCUAAGUCUGAACAAGUGGAUUGCAUCACAUCAUCUUCAAAACCCCCACUAUCCAGACCUGGCAGAAGACCCCUGGGAUUUUUGUCUUUAAUAUGUUCAAAGAAUAAUUUGGAGUCUGAUGAACCUACUCAGGUUCAUAGAAAAAAACGCUUAAAACCCCUUAUACCUAUAUCAAGACAGAAUUUGAAAAGAUCCAAUCCACUUAGUGAAAGCCAGAAAAAAGUUCAAGAAUCUUCUGAUAUGCAUCCAUCUCCAAGUGUUAAUACUCAAUCUGAGGAUAUUGGCAAUUCAGCAACUCAGGUUUCUUGUGAUCCUUCCUUACCAAAAGAAGAAUGUAAAAGUGCCCACAACCAGGCACUUGAAGAAGAGUCAGACACAGUCUCUGAAUAUUUCUUUAGUGAUAUUUUUAUUGAAGUGGAUAAAACAGAAUGAAAGUUUUUUUUUUUAGUCUAGGAUUUCCAGACUUAAAAAGCAUCAUGUUUGUUUUUCUUUAUGCUGAUUUUGAGUAUUUAAUGAGCUUGAUUUGAAGUUUUCAUCAUCAGUGGGAAACGUCUCUAAGGUUCCUUUUAUUCAGCAUUUUGGAAUUACCAAGCAAUUAAGACUGCUUUUUCAGACAGAAAUAGUACCUCUUGUUUACAUUUUGACUCUUCCUGUACUGAAAACACAUGGACAUUUUGGAAUGUUGUUCGCUGAUAAAUGUCUGUAUAAAUCUCAGUGCUGAUGUAUUUUGAGGUGGAUUAUAUUUAACAGCAAACUACUUUUGUGAAGGUUCUUUCUGUUUGGAUUUUUCUUUGGGUGAUUAGGCCUUUUUAGUUGCCUCUAAGUAUAUGAAAGUCAAUUGUUAAAAACUUUUCUAUUAUCAGCUAUUUGACUGACUGAAAAAUAUGUAUUUUUCUAAUUCAUGUUAACAUUAGUCCUAAUUGAAGAUCUAGUAUUUAAACUUAUUAUUUAUAAAGAUGAAACAUCAAAAAGCUUAUUUAUUUUUAAAAACUUUAUUUAAAAGGAUAUUCAGUUUUAAUUAUUUUCACCACUCAGAUAUGGGUAAAGAAGGCAUUAGCAAUUUGUCUCCUUUCCCUCUUUAAUUUUAAAGAUAUUUAAAGUGAUGUAACUAAAAGUAUUUGGAUAGUGUAUAUGUUUUGAAUACAUUUUUUUCUCAUAGUUUUAGUAUAUUGACUUUGUACUGUGAAUGUUUUGUUUUUCUUAUUUCUUGGAUAAUCUCAGGAUUUAUAUGGAAAAGAAAACACCUUCAUUUAUGAGGAAAAUUUCCAUACAAAACUCAAUCUCCUUUACACAUACAUACACUCACACACAUUCCUUUUUAAAGACAAAUAAUUUUUUAAAUAGUUUCCCCCCAUUAAAUUCUGCUUAAGGAAUAUUUAGGCCUUUAAGUACAGAACAUAAUUGUGAUAUUAAAAACAGAAAAUAAGACUAUUAAGUCAGUGAUUAUCAAUAUGAAUUUGAGUUGUUUUCAAUAUUGCGAUUUACAUAUAUAAUUCUAUUAUUCACCCAAGUAAAUCUUCGGUGUAAUUCAAUUAAACUUCUCAAAAAGCAGAUUUACCCUGAGUUGAUAAAAAAGUAGUCAGGAGUCAGAAAUAUUUUUUCGAAAAAUAGUUUUGAGUUUGUUUGGACCAGAUGGUCUCUGUGGCAACUACUCAACUCUGCCAUUUCAGUUGAAAAUAGCCAUAGACAAUACUUAAAUGAUGGACAUGGCUGGAUUGCGAUUUUAAUUUGACCCUCUGUGUGAGACAGUAAUUUUCUUACCUUAAGGUGCUGAUGUCUUUAGCUAUGAGAUAUUUUUGUCAUUGAAGUUAUAAGUGUGCCUAACAAAAGUAUUGAUUGCAUUAUGGAAUGAUCAGUAUUUCAUGGGGGGAUAUUUUAAUGUCUAGAUAAUUGUGUGUGUAUAUUGAAAAAAAUGGAGGACAAUUUUCAAGUUUGUUAGUAAAAUAGGAUAUGGCUCAGGAGGAAGUAUAACAGUAAUCCUAAUUUAUUAAAACAAUUGAUAUUAGAACAUUUCUUCAUUUUAUUAUAGUGAAAUUUAUACUUUUAACUCUUUCACAAAGGAGGAUCUAUAAAUAUGAGCAGAAAUUCUCUAUAGGUAUGCAUUUAUUUAUUUCAUGUGAUCACAAGAAUCAUGGUGUAAAUUACAUUGCUAUUUUAAUGCCUUGUUUUUAUAACUUUUUAAAAAUCAUUCUGAAAAGGUUUCUAUAUUUUGAUUAAUAUUAAUUUGGGUUUUAGGUUGCCACAAUCAAACUAUUAUUUUAUCUUUUUAUAACAUUUAUGUUUUAACUUUGUUAAUGUCUGUCUCUUGUUCAUCUGCAGUGAAUUAAUUUUAUGAAAGAUGUAACUUCUUACUGUAUAAGGAUUAAUUUUAUCUUUUGGGCAUUUAUUCUAAUAGAGAAUCAAGUCACCCAACUAAAUUACCCUACUAUUAUAUCCUUAAAACUAAUCUUGGAGAAAGAGAACCUUAAUUAGUGUAUUUAUUUACCUUUUAAGAUAGAGAGACAAGUUCGUACCUAUAUUUAAUCUAAUUCAUAUAAAGAUGAUGUUGGGAAGGAUUUGUAUUUUAUAAAUCUUAAAGGAGAUAUGAUUAUAAAGGUCUUUAUUUUUUCCUGAUAUUUCCUCCUGAACACUUACAUCUUAGCAAAUGGUGAACAUGAUGGAUUAAAAGACUAAUUUGUUAGUAAAUGAUUGAGGCACAGAUAAAAACAUAUCUACUGUUUACCACUAUUAUUAGUUGAAGUAGAAGUGACCAUGUAUACAUACUAUCUUGCUUGAAGAAGUCUUUGACAAAAAAGCAAUAUCUGUCAUUUGUAAAUUUUCUUGUUUUAAAGAAAGCAAUUAUGUUCUGCAGAUAUAAAUUAUGUAAAUAAAAGUUAUUUUAUAUUA